GAAUGGAAUUCAUGGACCCAUUCCAGAUGUCCAAAUUCCAAAGGACAAUGUGCUGUCAUCUGCAUCCUCAUCAUUCAUGUGAUUGAAGGCUUAAACACUGAUAGUUAAUAUGCCGUUAGCACAAGAAUUCAAGUGUACAUCCCAUUGUCAUCCCCACGUCCAAAUUAUCCCUACCAACCACAACGAGGGCGGCCAAAUGGAAGGUUGCCAAGUGUUUGAUGUUUCUCAAUGGUGGUGGUAGAGAAUAUAUUAAUCUCGAUCAUAUACUGAUACUAUGAUAAAAGUGCACAUAAAUCGAGGUGUGAUAUGGGACUUACUUGACUUGUUUGUCCGUAGCUUCGUGGAAAAUAGAUUCGAAGGCAAGUAAGUGAUCACGCGACUGGGAACGUCUCGUCAUCUUCUUCUCAAAGCAUCCACCAUCUGCUGCUGCUGCUGCCUUACAGAUUGAUGGAGGAAGGCAAAGAUACCAAGGAGUCGACAACCGUCAUUUCCAAAGUGCCAUCGACUCAGUACAGGGAGGACGAGAGCGAGGAAGAGCGUUUCCACCAUGCUCUACUGGAGUUGAAGGACCUGCGCUCACAGCUCCACCAUGCAGCGGAUUACUGCGAGACUGCGUUUUCCAAGUCCGAGCACAAGAAAAUGAUUUUGGAGGGUACAAAGAGCUAUAUAUGUGAAGCCAUGGUGGCAGUCGUCGACCAUUUAGGAAAUGUCUCCUCCAAGCUGGAGCAGAGUCCCCUUGCCAAUGCCGUGGUUGUGCAGACAGAGCAAAGGAUUGAUUGCUUGAAGCAGAGACUUCUCACCUGUCAGCACUAUGCUACAAGUCUCGAAUUGGCUAGCAUGCAACUAAGCAUCAAGUUCCCUCGACAACACCAGCAUUAUGUUUCACCAGCGGCCCAGUGUAUUGGGAAGUCAAGUGAUGAUCUCUCCAGGACGGAGGGGACAAAUUCUCAACCAUCUGAAGUUCCUAUCACCAAAGACCAUUCAUCAGUGAUGGAACAUUUCUUGGGUUCCCAAGCUGGUACUCAUUUCAUGCCGGCAAGCAAUGGAACGAUUUCGGGAGUAGAGCUUGCUAAAGCAGUUCCAGUUCUAGAAGGACCAUCCAUACUCUCAAAACCAAGUAAUUCUUCAUUUAGUUGCAAGUCAGAGGAUCUAUAUAUGCUGGAAGGUGUCAAUCAAAAAAAGAAGCCCCUGCAAAUAGACAACUUUUUGUCAUUCUUGCGAUUUAAUAAAAGAAAGAUAUAAAAAGUGCAUUAUGGAUAUCGCUACUCGAUCCCUUAUUUAAACAUCAAUUUUACUUGUGGUCCUAUAAUUUUGCAUUUAAUUAGAAGCCAUCAGCUGCCUAUGUUCUUCUAAGUGUGACACAGGUUGUGAAUGUUUAGCAUCUUGAAUGGG